UCGCAACGGCAGACAUAUUUGCCAUACGCUUCGUAUCGCGCUGUCACGUCUGUGACAUGUAGAUUAGUGCCUUUCGAAAAAUCGCUAAAGAUAUCAGUGUUCAGCACAUAAAAUGCUUAAAACGUCUAAAAUAUUCGGCCUGCGAGGGAUUUUCAGCAAGAGCGUGUCCUCAACGAGCGCCAGCGCCAAGAGCUUCGUAAUCAAGGACCACUACGAGUUUGACAAAAAGGUUGUUAAUAGCGACGUGCCCGUUAUAGUGAAUUUCCAUGCGGAAUGGUGCGAUCCCUGCAAGAUCCUGACGCCCCUGAUGGAGACCCUGCUCAGCGAUACGAAGGACGUCAACCUGGCUGUGAUCGAUGUGGACAACAACUACGACUUGGUGGAGACGUUCGAGGUAAAGGCCGUGCCAGCCGUUCUGGCGUUCCGCAAUGGCGUGGUGAUAGACAAAUUCAUCGGACUCAUAGACAAUAAAGUGAUCGAGGAACUCAUAAACAAGUUGAAAGUGAAGCAAGUGUGAAUGGCGGAGUAUUUCUAUCUUUAGUUCUUAAGAGACUGUAAUUAGUUAGUUGCUCGGAUAUUAUGUAAAUUGGCGGUGCGCCUCAGCGAAGUGAUUGCCGCGCCCGACGGUCCCGACUGCCGAUCUCGUCGGAUUGUUUGGAAUGAAGAGAAUUUAUUGCUUAACCCUCUCGUGUCGAUUUAUGGAUGUUUAGAUUAAUUCGUUGCCUGCAGAGUCUUCAGAGCCAGACUUGAUGGGGCUGACAGGGAUUGCCUUGAAUAAAGAAAUGUUUUAUGUAAUGCGAAA